CGGACCUUUCGGCGUGGGCAAAUCAGCCAAGAUAUAUAGCGGCACGGUGACGAUUACGGCAUUACCGAGGCAGCGGUUCUUGUAGCGUGGAAUCUCAGCAUGUGUCUGAUUGCCAGCUGCGGGUGCUGGCUUGGGUAUUUUCACACAGAAAUGGCGGGGUAGCAGACGGCUGAGCGAUUCACAUUCGUGCAGGUUUACUUACCAGCUUGAAGAGAAGAUUCAUCAAGGGAACGAGAAGCAGCGCGGGACAGGGGAAUUGUACCAGAAAACCACACUCACAGAGAGAGGGCGAGAGGGAGAGAGGGAGAGAGAGAGAUAGAAAGAGAGCGAGAGAGAGCUACACAGAGAGCGAAAGAGCUACACACAGACACAGAGAGAGAGAGAGAGAGAGAGAGAGAGAGAGAGAGAGAGAGAGAGAGAGAGAUGGCGUGCUCCGUGGCGGUGCGGGAAGGGUCCACGACGCUGGCAAGAUCUGUGUCGUGGGAAGGGCUAGCGGGUGGCGGAGGCGGGGUGUCGCAGAGCUCGUCGUUGACGCGCACGUCCUCAGGGAAACAGCAGCAGCAGCAACGCGGCGGCAGUAAUCGGGCGGCAUCUUCGUCCAUGGCCUCCUGCGGGGCCGUGCUUCUGGCGGAACCCAGCGGUCGUUGUACUUCGGCAUGUGUCUCCCCGGCUGGGCCAUCAACGGUUGGCGCGCUGAGGCGAACGAACAGCCUCCCAUCCGCCAAUCAGUGUAGUUUCGCAGUCGAUGAUGUCUCCGCUGCUGCGGCUUCCUCCGCCAUCGCCGGUGUUGGAGAUCUCUCGCUCUCGACAACUCGACGAGCGACCAAGAAGUAUCCGACGUGCCCUCUUCGCAGAGCGAAGAGUUUGCAAGACCUCGUCGGCGCCGGCCUUUCGCACGGGAUCCCGUCCACCUCCCCUGGACAAGUCGGGUUCGUAGAGCGAAGGAGGAAGGUGCGUGUGUGGCGCAUGGAGAUGGCGUCGGAUCCUCUCAACAACUGCAGAGAUUCUUUCGGCAAUGAAUGCAGGCUGGAGCUGCGGGCAAGACAGCAAUUGGAAAUGAGUGACCCAUAUCGGCAGGUAACGUGCGAGCUUCGCGGUUUGAAGGCAGCACUUUCAGAGGCAGUGUCUAAGGAGCGCUACGAGGAGGCGGUGGAUCUUCGGGACUUGCUGGAGAAGCUAGAGCUGAGGAAGCGAGUGCUUGAAAUCUCUGCGAAGCCGCAUACUGCAUACAGAGUUGGAGAUGUCGUGUUUCAUCGUCGACAUGGUUAUCGUGGAGUGGUUUAUGGGCAUGAUCCUGAGUGUUCAGCCCCGGAAGAUUGGCAAGAGGCUAUGAAGAUUGACAUGCUCCCCGAGGGACGUCAACAGCCAUUCUACCACAUACUGGUGGACACAAGAGAUCGGCCCGGUGGAAUGUCUACUUACGUUGCGGAAGAGAGCAUUGCACUCCAGCCGACCCCUCGUCCGGUCCUCCACCCAUGGGUCAGCAAGUUCUUUGUUGGAUUUCAAGAUGGGCAGUACAUGCCAGGGAAAAAGCUGAGGCAAGUUUAUCCGAACGAUUGGUGAGAGGAAGUACAAACUUUUAAGGUGAUCAGCUGAUCGACUGGUAUGCUACAAGGCAUAGUACCUGCUCUAUGGAGGGUGUGUGGGUAUGCCUUUGCCUUCAGCAAGGAGGCCAUAUCUAAGCUAAUCCUUGAUGGAGACAGACAGAGAGAGAGAGAGAGAGUCUGUGGCAGGAAAGGGCCCUUGAACCGAUGAGGGUGGAGCUUCGAUUACAGCAGUGCCCUGUUGAGUUGGUUUACACAAUCGUGGACCAGAAUAAUUACACAAUCUGAUGAAAUCAUGAAACGAUAACGGGGGUAACGUACCGAAUUCACUGAAUUCGUCAGUGGAGGGAAGCAUUUUGUGAGGCAAGCGAACAAGUCAUCAGAUAAACGGACAAGUGUGUUGGAAAGCCAACGAGCUGGGAGGCAGGUUGGUACCCCUUGAAAUUGGGCACGGUACUUGCACUCCUUGGGUCCGUGUGUGUUUUUCAGAUGAUGGAACGUGGCUGGGAGGCAGGUGUAGUAUGGUGUGGUAUGGUGGGGACCACCGCGUUGGACAGGUGAGCAUGGGAGGGACUCCAACGCUAUGUUGAUGACGAAGUGAUGAGCAUCAUGCCGGUACUUGCACUUUCUGGGUGCGUGUGUUUUUUCACAUGCUGCAACGUGUGUGGAAGGCGGGUGUAGUAUGGUGUGGUAUGGUGGGGACCACCACGUUGGACAGGUGAGCAUGAGUGGGACUCGAAAACAUGAUGUUGAUGACCAAGGGAUGAGCAUCAUGCCGGGGGGAAGGUGGAGUCUUGGUUGUUGCGGCGAGGCCCCACUGUUUUGAGGUGAGAGAACGUUAAGCUUAUUCGCCGGGGUUCUCUUACCUACUGUAUAGAGUUUUGAAAGCCCAUUUUUUUGCUGUCUCCUUGAGGAGAAUGAUCCUGAGAGGCAGAUUCUUUUCUUUGGUAAUCGCCUGGAGGUAGGAGGGAUAUCUUUCGACCAAAGUUUUACUAGAUGUUGUCGACUUGAUUGCGGGGAGCAGUAUGCCGUCAAGCUGCUUCAGCAGUACACAGCUGGCCUGAACCCUUUUUCAGCAAUUGGAAGUUUCUCGUGACCCAAUUGUGUGACGAAAUGGUGCUGCUGCUAUAUGAUCCAUGAUGGACUGAGUGAGUGGGGCCUCGUGAUUAGUGAGAGCUCUUUUUAGGUGGUGGGAGAAUGGAAGCAGGCGAAGAGAGGUGAAGAGAGGCGAAGGGAUGGAGCAAGCGCCCAUUUAGUGUGUGGGGAGGGAGGGGUGUGUAGUUGUGUAGGAAAGGAAGCAUCUGUUAUCAUGUAGCGGGGAGGGGUGUGUAGUUGUGUAGGAAAAGAAGCAUCUGUUAUCAUGUAGCGGUGAGGGGAAGAGCUUUCAGGUGGUCGGGAGUGUGGAAGCGGGCAAGGAGAGCUGGAGGAACUGCCUGCUAUUGUUAUCGUGUAGCGAUGAGGGGAAGAGCUUUCAGGUGGUCGGGAGUGUGGAAGCGGGCAAGGAGGGAUGUGUAGCUACGCAGGAAGGCAUUAUGUUUUAUUGUGCAGGGAGGGAAGGAUGCUUUUCUGUUAUAUUUUGUGAUGUGCUCUUGCGCUCCUUUCAGGUGUUGGGACUCGGGAGCGGUUGUUAGCAAGGAGAGCUGGAGGACACGGCCUGUUAUUGUGUU